GCCAUUUCCCUUCAUCAUCACUGUGUUCAAAGGAUAAGUUGCUAGUCGAUACACCUAUACUACUGCACUAUAAAAGAGGUUCAGUUUGGAAGAACAUCAACAAUGAAGAUCAUCAACUCUUCCUUCGAACCCUUCAUCCCCCUCAACCCUCAACACCUGAGCCCCCUUCCUUCCUCCCAUUUGGUUAUCCCCCGCCAUCCCACUAACACCCCGCAAACCGGAACAAGAAACCCUCCUCCCAACCCUCGCGCUGAUAGCAGCCACCACGCAAGCCGCAACCCCCUCACCCCAAGACCACCCCCCAAUAUCCGUGACAACGCGCUACAUCCUCUUCGGCAAGAUCCUGACGACCGACACCUGCGUCGGGCUGACGCCGGACGGCGUGAAGGCGUACUGCGGCUACCUGCGGGCCAUCCACAACUGCCCCUGCUCCGACCCCAACCCCGAGGGCAAUAUCGUGGUGGACUGCUCCAUGACGCUGAAUGUGUUCGGGGCGUGCAAGGGGAUCUUCGUCUCGGAUCAGGAUGCGUGCUCGAAUGA